AUGGGUGUAGCUUUACCUUUUCCAGCGUCGAGGGCGAUCUUCUCUCUCCUCAUCGCAGGCCUCAUAUUUUAUGGCCUUUUUCACGAAAUACCAACUUACAAAUCUCCCAAGAUCAAUUUCAUUCCUAGCAGCUAUGACUGGAGUAGACAUAAGCUACAAAAUCCAUUGGAAUUGAGUAGUAUGGUGAAACCUCCUCGUGGUUCACCUGCCAAUCUCCCCCGAAUUCAACACGACUUUUCCAAUCCCGAAUUGAGAAAACGAGAGCUCGCAACAGCUGAUCAACGACGAAAAGAAAUUAAGCAAGCUUUCCAAAAGACGUGGAGAUCCUACGAAAAGCAUGCUUGGGGACGUGACGAACUCAAACCAUUGAGCUUGGAAGGUAGUGAUCCUUUUGGUGGGUGGGCCGCUACCAUCUGCGACAACCUCGACACGCUAUGGCUCAUGGGUAUGAAGCGAGAGUUUUACAAGGCCGUCGACUACGUUUCUCGCAUGGACUGGGAUCUUCCUACCAGCACCGGUUUUAAUGUCUUCGAAACGACCAUCAGACAUCUUGGCGGUUUACUUUCGGCGUACGAGCUCAGUGGUGAGAGUGCCUUGCUGGCCAAGGCAAUUGAGCUGGGGGAUUUGUUGUAUGCCACCUUUGACAACACAGAACACAUGCCACCACACACCAUCCAUUUUCGAGACCUUAAAGAUGGAAAAGGUCAUCCUGAACCGCGACAGAGUACGGCUAGUUUGGGUAGUAUGAGUAUGGAGUUUACUCGUCUGUCGCAGCAGACCGGCAACCCCAAGUAUUACGACGCAAUUGACUUUAUCACCAAGGCAUUUGAGAGGACUCAAAACGAAACAGCAAUUCCUGGACUUUGGCCGAUUCAGAUUAAUGCGCAGGAUGGAUUCCGAGUUGACGAUGAUACGUUUGGUUUGGGUGCGAACGGUGAUUCUCUUUAUGAAUAUCUCAUCAAGGAGUACGUUCUCCUACAAGGUCUUGAACCGAAGUACGAAAAAAUGUACCUCAAGGCCGCCGAUGCUGCGAUUGAGCAUUUGAUGUUUCGACCGAUGUUGCCGGAGAAGGAAGAUGUGCUCAUGCUGGGUGAAGCCUCCAUUGCUCCUCGAACGAAAGAGGUUCGAUUGAGGACGGACGUCGAGCACCUCACCUGUUUCGCAGGAGGAAUGUAUGCCCUCGGUGGAAAAGCCCUUGGACGAGACGACCACGUUAUCGUCGGCGAAAAACUAGCCAGAGGCUGCGCAAAAGCAUACUCUGCCUAUCCAACUGGUCUCAUGCCCGAAAUCGUCCACGUCGAACGCUGUCCAACUCUAGAGCCUUGCGAGUUCAACCCAAGCUCCAACAAAGAACCACUCGGAUUCCGCGCCAGAGAUUCAAGUUAUCUCCUCCGCCCCGAGACCAUCGAGAGUAUCUUUUAUCUCUACCGUAUCACCGGAAAGGAAGAGUUUCGCGAUAUCGCGUGGAAUAUGUGGCUUGCGGUUCGCGGUGCUGCUGAGACGGAUGAGGCGUUUGCGGCGGUGAUGGAUGUGAAUGCGAAGGAGAAGAUUAAGCAUAAAGAUUCGAUGGAGAGUUUUUGGAUGGCGGAGACGUUGAAGUAUUUUUAUCUUAUUUUUGCGGAUGAGGAGGUUGUUAGUUUGGAUGAGUGGGUAUUUAACACGGAGGCUCAUCCAUUGAGACGGAUGGUGAACUGA